AAGAGCCAGUCGGUUUCCCGUUAUCGGAGUGGUCCAUCUUCAGAUACACAGACGAUCUUUGUGUUGUACAAAGACAGCAAAGAACUGACGCCAGCAGCCACAGUACUGGAAUCCCGACUGUGUUUUCGGACAGGGCUGGUGUGCAAGUACCAUUCAAGACGGACUGGUGCAAACUUAAUUCAGUCUCCUCCACGCCGUGACUGAGGCCUUUUGAAGCGUUACACAUGGCAGGACUUUUGAACUUGUAGCCGGUUUUUGAAGUGCCAAAACACACCGGAACAGGAGGUGACAGCCACUGACAGGAGCUGAGAUUGACAGGGGGGCCUCCUGGGAAGUCGAGCACCUUUCUGUUGAAACCCUGUAAACCUCCCCAGGGCCCUGGCACUGACUCCUGAAACGUACUCCUGGGUUUGUGUUGACCGAUGGAUGAGGAUGAAAUCAUGUGAGCGUGUGCUAUCGUCGCGGUGUCGUGGACUUGUAGCUGGGCAAAAUCUCACCUCAAUGGACUGGGGGCCUCAUCUGCACGUGGUAGACCUUCUGUCAUCAACCUGAGAGGGGUAUCUACGGUGUCAGAGCAGACGCUGGACUCAGACCAGGAAAAGAUAUUGCAGCACAGAAGACCUCAGAGCGGGCUGACUGACCGACCGACCGACCGACUGACUGACUGAGUGAGUGCGUCGGCUGCUCACUGGCUGGAGCGGUGGCUAUCUGGGGAUUUUGAGGACACGCAGCCCCGGGGCAGGUAGCGGACGGGAGUGGGAGCCCCACCAUGGGGGAGACGGCAGAAUACCAGAGGCUGCAGGAGACGUCAGAGUCUGACUACCAACGCCUGCCCAGCGAUGACGAAGAGAAACUGGGCAGUAGCAUGCAGUGUGAGGAAGGCACAGAAUGGCUGCUGGAGCUGCUGAUGGAGGUGCAGUUGCAGCAGUACUUCCUGCGGAUCCGAGAUGACCUUAACGUCACGCGGCUGUCACACUUUGACUACGUCAAGAACGAAGACCUGGAGAAGAUUGGCAUGGGUCGACCUGGACAGAGACGACUGUGGGAGGCUGUGAAAAGAAGGAAAGCCAUGUGCAAGCGAAAAUCCUGGAUGAGCAAGGUGUUUAGUGGUAAGCGCCCAGAUGGAGGAGACUUCCCCCAGCAGGGCCAGCCGGCCUCCUCCUUCCGUAAACUGUCUCCCACACCUCCACUGGGCUUGGGGGAGGGAGUCCUGACCACACACCCCGGUGGUGGUGCUCCUCUCGAUGGGCAGCAGCAGGCACUGACCUGCCUCAUCCCAGAGAAGGAUCUGACGCUGUUUGAGAAGCUGGGGGACGGCUCUUUUGGUGUGGUGAAGAGAGGAGAGUGGCUGACGCCUGCAGGGAAGGUGCUGAAUGUAGCUGUGAAGUGUCUGAAGACAGAUGUGCUCAGCCAGCCUGACGCUCUGGAGGACUUCAUCUGUGAGGUCAACGCCAUGCACUCCCUGGACCACCAGAACCUCAUUCGCCUCUACGGUGUGGUGCUCACACACCCAAUGAAGAUGGUGACCGAGCUGGCUCCUCUGGGAUCUCUGCUGGAGCGUCUGCGAUGUGUUCGUCCACAGGGCCCAGUGUUGAUCCACACUCUGUGUCAGUAUGCUGUACAGGUGGCUUGUGGAAUGGCCUAUCUGGAGCAGAGGAGGUUCAUCCACAGGGACCUGGCAGCCAGGAACAUCCUGCUGGCCUCAGCUCACAGAGUGAAGAUCGGAGACUUUGGCCUGAUGCGGGCGCUGCCCAACAACCAUGAGCACUAUGUCAUGCAGGAGCAUCGAAAGGUCCCUUUUGCAUGGUGCGCACCAGAGAGUCUGAAGACCAGAACGUUCUCUCAUGCCACUGACACAUGGAUGUUUGGAGUCACUCUCUGGGAAAUGUUCACACAUGGCCAGGAGCCUUGGCUGGGCCUCAAUGGAAGCCAGAUCCUGCACAAGAUUGAUAAAGAAGGUGAACGCCUCCCUAAGCCUGAAGACUGUCCACAGGAUAUCUAUCAUGUGGUGCUGCAGUGUUGGGCUCAGAAACCAGACGACAGACCCACCUUUGUUGCCCUGCGUGAGUUCUUGCUUGAGACCAUGCCAACAGACAUGUGUGCUCUGCAAGACUUUGAUGAGCCUGACAAACUCCAGAUCCAAGUCAAUGAUGUCAUCACCAUAAUAGAGGGGAGGGCAGAGAACUACUGGUGGCGAGGACAAAACAAGCGAAGCCUUAAGGUCGGACCGUUUCCCAGAAAUGUGGUGACAUCAGUAGCAGGUCUGUCGGCUCAUGACAUCAGCCGGCCACUCAAGAACAGCUUCAUCCACACAGGACACGGAGACAGCAACCCUCAUCGCUGCUGGGGCUUCCCGGACAGGAUUGACGAUUUGUACCUCGGUAAUCCCAUGGAUCCUCCUGACGUCCUUGGUGUUGACCUCAGUGGUGCCCGGCUCACACAGCUACCAGGACGAGCUAGAAAGCCUUGCUAUGAUCCAGUAAAUGAUGAUGAGGAUCCGACUUCGGCAGGACUAAAGAGAUUAUCACUUCGGAAAACUGGUUCUGUCAAAGGCUUAAAACUUAAACCUGCUGCGUGGGUCUCUGGUUCCAAACAGGGGGGUAGUCGGACUCCAGGCUCAGGCCACAACAACAACAACAGGGAAGUGUCCCUCAUUGACUUUGGGGAGGAGUUCCUCCCGCCCACUCCAUCCCCUUCCCCUGUGGUUGAAAUUCAGAUUCCUUCACUGGCAAAGCUAGCUUUGGAAGCAGAGAACAUUUUGGACCAGACCCCGCCUCAGAGUCCGUGUACAUCGUUGCCCCGCCCCCUUCACCCUACACCAGUAGUGGACUGGGAUGCCCGGCCAUUACCACCACCCCCAGCGUAUGACGAUGUAGCCCAAGACGAAGACGAUAUGGAGGUGAGCUCUAUCAACAGCUCGGAGCAGCAGCAUGAAGAGGAGCAGAGUGAUGUCGGUAACCCAGAGGAGGCUCUAUUCUCUGGACCUAAGGUUGAGGGGGAUGCUCUUGUUUCCAGGAGUCCAGACAGAUCAGGUUUUGAGGACAACCUCUUUCUCCCCAGCAAGCAGAGCCAGGUUCUGUCCACGUCCUUUACCCAGUCAGCAGAGAUCUUCCAAGAACUCCAGCAAGAGUGCAUGAAGAGGCUAAAUGUACCGACUGGAAGUGCUGCACGGUCAAGCUCGCCGUCCCAGAGCUUAGCCUCGUGUCCCCAAACACAACCAAUCCACGAGGGACACCAGCAGAGUGUCUUUUCCUCCAUUGAGGACAAACCCCAGAUCCCCCCACGUGUCCCCAUCCCCCCUCGACCCAUUAAGAGGGGCGACUACACAUCUGCUCGCUGGUCACGGGAUCUCUCCCUGUCCCCGACACCAGCAGACAUCACAGAGGAAGUUUCAGGCCCAAACCAGGAACGACCGCCUCAGAUCCCUCCCAGAGACCCUUUGUCCCAGCCGGGCUCCAGGACUCCCAGCCCCAUGGGCCUGGUAGUGGGCUCCCCCCAGCAGAGAGUCUACUCUGUCAGCCCCACCACCAUGCAGGCUCCCCUUACCUUCUGUCCCUCUACACACACCUACGGCUCCUACCUCUCCACCUCUCCAGGUAAACUCAUGCCUACCACGCACAGCUUUGCCUCAGAUCCUAAAUAUGCUGCACCCAAAGUGAUCCAGGCCCAGGCGCAGGGGAAGGACUCCACCAGCAAAGGCCCAUGUAUCCUCCCCAUCGUCCGUGAUGGACGUAAAGUCAGUAACACCCACUAUUACCUUCUACCAGAGAGGCCCCCGUACCUGGACCGCUUUGACCGCUUCUUCAGGGAGGCGGAUAGCCAGCCCGCCAGCGGUGCGGAGGAAAGACAUGUACGGCAAGCUAACACUGCCACCGUCAGACCCAUGGUGGUCACCAGCCAGAUUCUCCAGGGACACGCCCAGGGACAGGGGCUUGCGCAUCCAGACGUGCUGAAGGCUAAUUUCUCCUCCAACAAUAACAGCAGGUCAGGGAUGAAGACAUCAGUUAGUCUACCUCGCGUCUGUUCAGACGGGCCGACAGCAGCGGUCGUCACUGCUUCCUGCAUCAGGACAGACGGAGGCGGGAACUCAGCUGACAGGGUCAAAACAGUGCAGGAGGCCGUUCACGGUGUCACAAUGGAGGAGUGCCAAGCCGCCCUCCAAAACCACAACUGGAAUGUCCAGAAAGCUGUGCAUUAUCUAAAGGUGGAGCAGUUGUUCUGUUUGGGUCUGAGGACCAGGUCAGAGUGUCUAAAGCUGUUGGAGAUGUGUGACUGGAACCUGGAGGUGGCCAGCACUCAGAUCUUGGAUAACUAUGGAUCCACAACCAGACAGAGAUGGUGACAGAAAUCUCAAGCUGCUGAGCUCUGAUUGGAACUUCAUCCUCAGUAAAAUCUCAUCAGAAGAGGUGAAUCUGCUCCUGACCCUUCCCAUAUAUGCUUCGGACGCACCUCCAAUCAGAAGACUGUUAUUUAACUAAAGAAGAAUCCAAGCACAUUUUCACUGAACUAGCACAAAGUAGCAGACUAUGGCUCUAUUCAUACCUAACAUGGACAAUGGAAAUUUGCCUAAAAGAAGACUUUGGAUCAUAUUUUGACUUUGGUCUGAAAGAUAUGUGAUUGUUGCACUUAUUGAGAAAUUGUAGACCGCCAUCUUUCACCUUUUCAAGUUCAAUUUAAAUUGAUCAGCCUGAAAUGUGUCACCCUUCCAGGUUCCCUACAGUUGCAUAUCGUUGGUGCUACCCUACUGUGACAGAUCCACUUACUAGUAUCCUCACUGCUGCAAUUGCACUGUUCUUUUGAUGACAUCCUUAAAACGCCAGUUUGAAAGGGAAUCUGAAGAAGGCCAAAUGAGUUAAAUAGCACAAUAUACACAGAGUCACUUCCUAAGAUUUAAUUGAAAUACUGUAAAGUGAAUACAGAUUUGACCUCUACCAUGUAAAAUGUAUAAAGAGACAUUAAUGUGUUUGUUUACAAAAUUUUGAUAAAUUAUAUUAAUAUAUUUUGAACACAAUGCUAAGAGACAAGAGAAGACUGUUAUGUCGGUUACUGGGCAAGUCAUUUUAUUAAUUAUUUAAAUUGGUGUGGCUUAAGAACAAAAGGGCCAUGCAGUCAGAUGACCUUUCCUACUAAAAUCUUUCCUUAUCCUUGCCUCUGCACUUUGCCCAAACAUAACUUCUGCGCAUCAGAUGAAAGUUCCUGCCAGCUGGGUAUUUUCUGUGUACAAUGUUGGCAGCUCAUAACAGCAACGCAGUGAAAUUUACCCCAAGGCACAGAUCCUGUCCCGUAAUCAUCACUUAAAACCAUAAGUGUUAUAUUUUGGUCAGCAGCUUUGGGGGCAAUAAUUUAAAACUGAAAUGACUUGUCAGCUCUGUGUAAACUUCCUGCUGGGCAUGAUGAUACAUUUUCUGACUGGGUAUUGUCCCAGUAGAGCCCUCAGAAAUGAACAUGACAACGUCUGGGCCUGUCUUCUCCCAUUUUAUUCCAGAAGCACUUCAUAUGUGAGGACUCCACUAAAAUGAGGGGAAAUAAAAGGCAUUCCACUUGCUUCUAAAAUUAACUUUUCUUUGGCCAACCAGAUGUCAACCAACCAAAUACUUUACAUGCAUGUUAUGGACAACAUACAUGAUCCUUCGGUGCUAUAAAAAAAAAAAAAA